UGCUUUCCUCGAGUGCUUUUUCGUACUUGAGUAGACAUUUUAUGUCAUUUCAUUGUUUCCAUGUUGAUCGGCAGUUAAAUAUUUGUGUAACAAAUUUGCGGUGAGCACUAAUGCAUGCAAGCGGCGCGGCAACAUCAUAGUGGUAUAUUUGCCGAAAGGAAAUUUCGUGACCUUUAUUCGAGGUGUUACGCGGUAUUCUUUAAGGCUUAAAGUUUUAACGGGAAGGUUUAGCUUUGAAAUUGUUCCAUACGGACUCUUGCCCGAACUGACGGGCAAGGCUAUGAGAUAUAGACAAGCAACAGUUGUUUGUGGUGCAGUACCUAGUUCUAUCUGGGGACUAUGCCUCUCAUUGAGCCUGGAAUGGAAAUGAAAGAACAUGAGAUUGUAUUUGAUUUAAUUAUCGCUACGGCAAAUCGGAUUGACACCCAGAGAGCUGAAUUUCCUCCAAGCAAGAAAUCUCCAUUUUUACCACUUUUGCCUUUGCCAGGGAAAGACAAUCAACAGGAAACUGAAGAGAGUGAUACUUCAAAAGAAGAAGAGGAAGCAGAAGGUGACGACGAAGAGGAAGAGGAAGUCUUAAAAAUGACGGAUUUAGACCCUAUUAAGGAGGUUUUGGCAGCUGGAGGACCAUAUCCAUUAGUUGUUCUGCCUGUUGGAGGUGAAUACUGGUUGGAGGGAAGCAACCACAGACAUGUCAGCAAUACAGAUCACAGGGCUGUUGACUGCAGGAUAGAGAUGAAUAAUGUAAUUCAAAGCUACAGAAGAGAUUUCAUGGGAAAGGAACAUCUGAACUUCAUCUGUGAUGAUGAAAAACUUGGUCCUGUUAUCUUAUCAGUCAAGCAAGAAAUUGAGAAACUUGAUGGUUGUGAUACCCAAGGAUUCAGAGUCAUUUUAAGAACUGCUGAAAAGACCAUUGCAGACAUUUUACCAAUAGAGAAUGUGUCUGACAAUCCAGGACCAAGAGAAAUUGUUAGGUAUCUUCUUGCCGAGGAUGCAGACAAUAUAGAUCAUUUUCAAGUCUUAGCUCAUCCAAAGGCCUCAGAACUGAUUGUCAAGUAUGAUGAACACAACCUGUCUAACUCUUUUAAAUUUGGAGUUAUAUACCAGAAAUAUGGACAGACUACUGAAGAGGAGUAUUUUUGCAAUCGAACUCACAGUCCUGCCAUGAAUGAGUUUUUGGAGAUGUUAGGCAAUCAGGUGUGCCUCAGAAAUUUCAAAGGGUUUCCUGGAGGCUUGGAUGUGAAACAUGGUCAGACAGGUGACACAUCAGUACAUACUGUGUUUGAUUCCAAGGAGAUCAUGUUUCAUGUUUCAACCUUACUACCAUUCAGUAGCGGAGACAGCCAACAGGUUCAAAGAAAGAGGCAUAUUGGCAAUGAUAUUGUUGCUAUAGUUUUCCAGGAGGAAAACACGCCAUUUUCACCAGUUUCCAUCCGAUCGCAUUUUCUACACGUCUUCAUUGUUGUACAAGUCUUGGAUCCGAACACGAGCAACACAAGAUACAAGGUCUCCAUCACAGCUCGUGAAGAUGUACCGCACUUUGGACCCAAACUUCCAAAUCCUGCCGUCUUCAAGAAGGGUCCUGAAUUUCGCAAGUUUUUGUUAACAAAACUCAUAAAUGCUGAACUGGCAGCUUACAACAGUGCUGAGUUCGCAAAGUUAGCGGAUCGAACGCGCACCUCUCUUCUACGAGGACUAGCGGUUGAUUUAAUCGAGAAGAACUCGCUGAUACUUGACACAGGCGGAGAGGAGGCUCCACAGAAGGCCAAGCUAUUAUCAUCUCUGAAAAAGGUAUUACGUACAAGGAGUCAAGUGAGCCGCACCAUGUCCAUGCGGGAACCGCGCCCAAAACCAGAUGAUGUUGACUCAGAUGAUAAUGCACCAAAGUCCUGGCAUAAAAAGGGUAAGGAAAGAAGGAAAUCUGCACAAGGUUUACUUUCUGCUAAAAAAGUCUCAAAGCCGCCCAAAAAAGAAGUUAAUCAUGGUCGGUGUAAGAGUAUGGAGUCGCUUCUGGUUCAAGAGCAGAGCAAGAACAAUCCAAUUUUUUACGCGGACGAUUCCAGUUCAGAAUCGAACACAUCCGAGAUGUCUCGACAUCUUGACGAACCAGCGCAUUCUCCAAGGAAACAUAACUCUCGUUCACGAACACCUGAACCACGGGGACAAAAGAGUACGCCGGAUUAUAACAGUUCACCACGACUAUCACCAAAUUUGCCUCAAAACAUGGCGCAUUCUCAAUCUGUUCCUGCCCUAAAAAGUUACGAUCGUUUACAUAGGACUUCGACCAAAGUAACCGACAAAUCGUCGCAUUCACGAGUGUCUUACGAGGGGAGUUCGACUGCCGGCGAAUAUCAAGUUCGGUAUGUUGGUGGAUAUCAAUCGGGGCCCGAAAAUGAUCAGGAUGAGUCAAUACGACUGACUAAUUACAAUCGGUCUCCGUCACGUCACCGAAAGGGCCCCGAAGAUCGCGGUAAUGUGGAUGUCAGUCAUCAGCGGUCAAGUUCAAAUGUUUCCGAAAACAGCACUGCUUCUACACAAUCUUUCCACCAAUCUCGAGAAGGAAGAGUUGAACGUGAUGUUCCGUUGAAUUUUAGUCGAUCACCAACGAGUUCUCCUUAUCUGCGGAGGAAAGCAUCUGAUAUCCAAAACAAUACCGUAAGCAUACAGGCAGCUAGCACCGUUCCAGGUUCCGCGCAAAAGCAGAAGAAAACAGCCAUCGUCUCACCCUUGCUGGAUAUGUCAGAUAACAGGCCUCGCUCGGUUCCGCCUGGGCUGCUUAUGUUUGAUCCCACUGACCCGGAAUCAGAGAGAAUUGAACAGGUGAUGCAGGAAAGAUCUCCGUCGCUGCCUAAAUUGGACACUGAAACUUUAACUUCAUCUGAGGAUUUGUCCGUCAGUGACACAGUCUUCAGACAAACGGAGAUGCUUAAAAACGAAAUUACAAGACUGAAAUGCGAAAAGCUCGACCUAGCUCGGCAGAAUGUGUUGUUGCAGCGUGAAGUUCGUUCCAUCAAAGAUAAAUGCACCCAGCAAACCUUUGACUUGUACGAAGCCCGCUGUGAAAUAGCCCGGCUAAGGUCCUUACUUCCAAGUGAGAAUGUUCCCCCAAGGGACCCCUCCCCAAUAGAAACUGUUACAGUGCGAGAGGGAAAUAUCUCUCCCAAGAGUAGUAUUGCUCGAAGAGAUGUGAAUGCUGGAGUUUACGUUAGAGAAAGAGAGGGACAAGGGGAAAUUCCUGCAAGAACUUCCUAUCGACAUACUCAACUUUGACAAUGAAGUGUUUGUAAGAAACUGGCUUAUUCAUCCUAGUUAAUCGAUGAAACAUGCAUACAUACGUUACCAGGUCGUCUUAUUAUCCAAUGUGGUGUUGGUACAUUAAAGGUACAUCAAGUGUUGAUGUCCGCGCGAUUAGUUUAACGAUUUCUUAGGAAAGAAUGAAUGUUUUGCUUCCGUUAAUACUACUUAUCAACGAAGUUUAGAUUAAUCAGAUGAAAGCUUCUAAUUCGAUGCCUUUACUUUUUGUGAUGAGUCUAAUCAUGUACAGAUAUUAUGAUCCAUCAAAUAGUUUUGCUGUAACUAGACUAGCUCUUAAUUGUCAAUGCGUUUCUCGCCAGUAAAAUGGUUGCAAACAUUUUGUUCCGUGCGCUGCGAUUAAUAUUGAAGAAUGAUACACACAGAAGCCUCCAUCUGGCAUGAAAAUAUGUUCGUACGUUUGUUUUUGGACACAAUCUGUUCCACAAAGCUUACAGUUUUCUUCGAGCUUGAGGAGAAUGAAAUGUGAGUGGACAAAUACAGGAACAUACUUUUGGAACCAAAUGGAAGCUAUUGUGGUAAAGUUUCCGCACAGCCUCAUACUAUUGUAAAACAAAUCUGUUUUCCUAAUGGAAAUGUAUUGUUUUUGUCAUUGUUUUCUCUGUUCAAGAAUUGAAUGCAUAAUGUAGGAUGAGGCUGUGCGGAAAUUUUGCCGCUAUUGUCUCUAUAAGAUUCAAAUUGGUAUUUGGCUGUUGGAAACUACGGGAAAAAGACGAAAAAUAAUGCAAACAAAUCCUUGUUAUAGCCAUAAUUAGGUGGCUUUGUUCAGCUAAAGACGGUGUCUGAUUGCUCAAUCCGGAUUCAAACAAUAAAAUUUUACAAAUUGUACAUGUUGAUUAUAUUAAAUUUCUUGAAGUAAUGAAUCUUUGUUAUCGCCAGGAAUUUUGACACGGUUAUUUGUUUCACCGAAGACAUACAUUUUGAUUUUCCAUUUAAGAGAUUCAGUUUUGGACUUGAAACCAUUAACAGUUGAGCCUAUGGCGAGGGGGUGCAAAGACAGUGCUUUAAGAAAUGGUUGCAAAAGUGCACCUGAAUAUCCUGACGCAGGCCGCGGGGGAAGGGGGAUUGGGACCUAAAUCUUUACGUUUGCGUCAUUUUGAAAACAUCUAAACGUCACGCAUGCUCGGUAUUAAAAGUCCUGUGUCCUUAUCUAACUAAAUUACUCGGUUUUACCCCCAACAUGUAUUUCUAAUGCUUAUUGUAUAUACUUUUCGUACUCUAUUUCGAAUAGAAAGAAACUGAAUGGCCUCUUUUUUUGGAUUAGCUUUUCUGCGGAACUUAGAGGAAUGAAUAGGAUAAUUAAAGCGUUUAUUUACUAGUUUUUUAUUAGAAUGGAUAACAGAAAAAUAUAUUUAAUUUUGAUUGCAUGACUCUUAAAGUAACAAUUUAAAGAGCGAAAUCGUUUUGUUUUAAAUGCAAUAUUGUCAAUAUUUUGUAAAAUUUUGUAAAUUCGUGUUUGUGUCUAAAAAAAAUCAUUCGUGCCUUUUUUUUUUUUGCCCUGACUAUUGUAACUAGGUAUAUCAUUAAAGCCAAUAAAUGCAUAGUAAGAUUGGUGCGAAACUGUUAGUAAACUGUUAAAAUAUAGAUUGAGUGGAAAACUGAUAAUCAAGAAUAAAUCAGAUAUCAAGUAA